GUGAUAAAUACAGAGUCUCUGAUUCUGAUUGGCUGAGGAGGAAGGCACUCUUGAGUAUAUAACCUAGUUACCGUCUUCCUCUGCUUCGUAAGUGUCACACAGCAGGGAAGAGAACAGAUUACCAACUGGGUAGUUUUGCAACUAAGCAAUAUACUGAGUUGGAGAUCCAUAAGAGAGCUAACACUGACACUUAAACAUUUGAAAAAAACAAACUUCUAGCAAAAAUGGAUUCUUCAGAAUUCCGAAGACGAGGAAAGGAAAUGGUGGAUUACAUUGCAGACUACCUGGAAAAUAUUGAAAAGAGAGAUGUGUAUCCAGAUGUGAAGCCAGGAUACUUGCGACCCCUCAUCCCAGACUCAGCACCUGAACAUCCAGAGAGUUUUGAAGAUAUUGUAAAGGAUGUGGAAAGGGUGAUUAUGCCUGGGGUGACUCAUUGGCAUAGUCCUUAUUUUUUUGCCUAUUUUCCAACAGCGAAUUCAUUCCCUUCUCUUUUGGGAGAUAUGCUAUCAGGAGCCAUAGGAUGCAUUGGUUUUUCUUGGGCUGCAAGCCCUGCCUGCACUGAGCUGGAAACUGUGAUGCUGGACUGGCUUGGAAAAAUGAUUAACUUACCGGAACAGUUCCUAGCUGGUGAAGCUGGGGAAGGGGGAGGAGUAAUCCAGGGCACUGCUAGUGAAUCUACGCUUGUAGCACUGCUGGCAGCCCGAACACGAAUGGUAAGGAAAGUCCAAGCACAGAACCCAGAGCUCACUGAAAAUGAUAUCCUGUGCCGCCUGGUGGCCUACUUCUCAGAAGAGGCUCAUUGUUCAGUGGAAAGAGCUGCACUUAUUGGUGGAGUCAACAUGAAAAAGAUCCCUACAAAUGAGAAGUUUUCGGUCUGUGGGAAAGCACUCAGAAAAGCUAUAGAGGAAGACAAAACUAAAGGUCUUAUUCCAUUUUUUUUUUGUGCAACUCUUGGAACAACUGCUUCUUGUGGAUUUGACAAUUUAUUGGAGACUGGCCCUAUCUGUAAUGAAGAAAACAUGUGGAUGCAUAUUGAUGCAGCCUACGCAGGGUCUGCUUUUAUCUGCCCAGAGUACAGGUAUCUUCUUAACGGAAUACAGUUUGCAGAUUCAUUCAAUUUUAAUGCUCAUAAGUGGCUCUUAGUGAACUUUGACUGUUCCGCUAUGUGGGUGAAGAAGAGAGCAGACAUAAUUGGUGCUUUUAAAAUGGACCCUGUUUAUCUACAGCAUGAGCAUCAGGAAUCUGGAACUGUCACUGAUUACAGGCACUGGCAAAUUCCACUAGGCCGAAGGUUCCGUUCCCUUAAAAUGUGGUUUGUGUUCAGAAUGUAUGGAAUUAAUGCACUACAGGAACAUAUAAGAAAGCAAAUAAGGCUGGCUCAUAUGUUUGAAGACUUAGUGAAGCAAGACGAGCGAUUUGAGAUUUGUGCCGAAGUUAUCCUAGGAUUAGUAUGUUUCAGGUUGAAGAGUACAAAUAGGACGAAUGAGAUGCUUCUCCAAAAGAUUAAUAAAGCCAGGAAGAUUCAUAUUGUUCCAUGUCAUCUCAGGGGAAAAUUUGUGUUACGUUUAGCUGUGUGUGCAAGAACAACAGAACUGAGUCAUAUCCAGUAUGCCUGGGAGGCCAUCAUUAAAGCCGCAGAAGAAAUCUUGAUGGACGAGAGAAUAUGAAAUCGACAUUUGAUUAUUAAGUGGAAAGAAACAGAAACAAUACUGCAUUACUAUGAAAAAUGGGGCCAUUUUUUCAUAUGCGUAAUAACCUGUUGUAUGGCAAUAUCUGUAUUACAAAUGUAUUAAAGAACAGGUUGUCAGGUACUUAAUAGGUACUGUAUUACAUUCCACUGACACUGUGUAACUGAAAAAUAUUCUGUUUGUUUUAGAAUCCAGCACUACCCCCAUACCAUAAUUACUGGUAUACCUAAAUCAAUAAGAUGUUUGCACUUGCACUUCUUCAAAUAAUUUCUUUUCUGAAAAAUGUAUUUUUUAAAUUCUGAAGCUGAGUUGUAUUCUGUCUACAGUAAGAGGUCUUCACUCUUUUCACGAUGCUGGAGUGGUGUGUGCAGAGUGAUACAGCAUGUAAGAAAAUGGAAGAAACUUUGGACCACUGUGAGUCAGUCUUGAGUUAGUGGGUAAUGGCCAUUGUUUUCUGUGUGGCUUUUUUUAGUCCAGAACCAGUAUCUCCAUAAAACACAAGGAAAUAUAAGUGCAAUACAGAAAGUGAACUUUAUUGUUUUGAAGUGGAAAGGAAAUUCCAGCACAGACAAUAGAAACUAGUAGCAUUUGAUAAUGGAAGUAGUAUGUUUUACAGAUAAAGGAAAAUAACAGAAAAAAUCACGCAUUCUGAUUACAUAUCAAAUCUGAACUAAAACAGCAGCAAAACAGAGUUUCAAGUAUUUUUGUUUCUGUUAAGUGAGAACAUGGCUCAUUGGACAAAAAGCAUAAGCUCUAAUCCAAGGAGUACAUGUUCUGCAUAUGUGAAACAAUGAAUAUUGAAGUUAGUUGUAGUAAUUAAGAAUCUUUGAGAAACAUUCACAAAAAGAAAAAGGAUGAAUCUAGUCAGUGUUUCCAAUGAAGUGAAAUAAUUUUAUGUAAGGAUCAUAUUAAGUAUCUCUUAACUAUAUUUGCUUUAAGGAUGUAAAAAAUAUAUUUUAGUCAUAUAGCUACAAAUGUAGUUUUCUAUUUUAUUUAACUUUGCCUUUAGUUUUUCAAAAGCUUAGCACAAAUUGAUCACCUUUCUAUAUUCAAAGAUGUAUCUGCACAGUAUCAAAAUGGUCUAGCCACUGUAAAAGGAAAUUUGCACUAUGGGAAGCUGAAUUAGCACUGCCAUCUUAAAAGAGCACUUGUAAUGACCUACAGGGUUAAGUAGGAAUAAAAAAUAAUUGAAAUUGUUCUCAUAUUGCAAAAUAAUCUUGCAUUUUCUCACUGUCUUUGUGCAAAACAGAAGCAGAAUCAUCACAUGUAAAAAUUAGUAACUUUCAAGCUUAUUACUGAGGGAAAAGACGUCACAAGUAUAACACUUUCAAAUUUAUAGUAGCUAUUCAUUCAUUCAUUUAUCAUACUAGAACUGUUAUAAAUUAAAUAAAAAGUACAACCUCAGCUUAACCAGAAAUUUACUUGGAAUAGCAUAAAAUUAUUUUCACUUUCACUCCAGUCGGUGCUGGUUUUCAGCUUCAACAUAACUCUCAGGUCAUAUGAUAUGUCAGCAACAAAAUAUCUGACUUGAAACCUCACCAUAACAGUAAUAUUUUUCACUUUCUGUUCCUUGUUUUUGGUCUGUAAGGGAAUACAUAAGCAUCACCCAGACAGCCUACACACUUAUACUGGUAGGUUAUUUGAAUUUACUACAAAUGUUUGGCAUCUCAUUUAAUCAACAAAUGAUUAAGUGAACCAAAAAUAUCUAAAACCUUGAUAGGUUGAGGUCUUAAAGCACACAAAACCAUUUUUGUGUGGGCUUGCUCCCCUUCAAUGUGGGAAAAGACCCCAUAUUUCUGAACUGAAUUAUUAUAUAUAAACCAUAAGAAAUCUCCAGUACACAGAGUUGGGUGCAAAUGACCAGAUAUAUUGCAACUAGAAUGACAAAGAGAUAACUUUUUCUUCUCAGUGCUUGAAAUUUCUUUUGGUUGGAAUUUAUUAUCCAUGCACCAGGUUGGUGUGAGUCUCCUGGCAAAAGUUCUUCUGAGAUAUAUAUAUAUAUAUAUAUAUAUAUAUAUAUAUAUAUAUAUAUAUAUACUUUACAUUGACCAAAAAUUCAUCAAACUGAACAUUUUUAAAAAAGUAAUGUUUUAUACAGGGUGACAAGACCCCUGCUCCCCACAUGUUGCAGGUCACAUCCCCCACACCACCACUACUUAUAUAUACCAGCUCCAAAGUCACACAUCCAUGGAGAAGGGUAGAACCUCUCUCCCCUCCAUGCACCUGAACACUGGCAUUGUGUGACAAAAUUGCAUUUUGAUGGAAAGAAGCACCUAAAAAGAUUCACUAUACUGAAUGUGCGAUCAAAGGAUUGUAACACACACACAAACACACACACACAUGAUUUUAUAUAUAUAUAUAUUGCUUGUAAUCAUAUCCAUAAACCAUCAAAUCACAAGUAAUCUACAAAACAAUUAAGCUUACCUUUAAUGGAAAAAUUUAAUCUACCGAUCAUAAAAAAAUUGAAUGGAAAGGAAAACUAUUUUCUUUUAUUUUAUUUUCAUUAAAGUAAAAAUAAAAACAGCAAAAAAAUAUUAACUAUAAGAAAUUAUUUGUAUUAACAGUAACACUGUUCAGACCUAAUUUGUCUGAUUAGUGGUACUGUUAUAGAAAUGGGUUUUGUAUCAUAAUGUAUAGGUCUGGAGUUCAGGACAGGAGAAUGGUUAAGAUGAGCAUACCCGAAUAAGGUAGGCAGGAGGGAUUGUCCUUUACACCACAUUCUUCAUAUGUGCUAACCCUAAUCCUACUGCUGCCCUUAAUCACAACCUUAUGCAUUACUUUUCCAAAUAUCUUUUCCUAACCUUACCACUCCACAAGACAGAUAAAAAAGACACACACAAGCACACAUAAACAACAAACAUUGACACAUGUACACUGCAUACAUACCAAUACACUUACACAGAGUUAAAUCUAGCACUUUACCUAGCCCUUGCUCUAAUACUAACCCAGAAACACCUGUUCACAUUCAAAAAAAACAUUCACACACCCACCAAUCAGUCUAUCCCCUACCUAGCUCUUCUUAUU